UUUCCGAAACCUAAACCGUCGGUCAGCUUAUCAUCGCCCAACCUACGAACGCUGGCCAGACAGCGGGAGAGAGAGUCUGAUACGGAGAGGGAAACAACGGUUAAAUCUGCAACCUUGUCUUGCAAAACAACUCCUUCUGACUCUUAACAUCGCGUUUGAUUGAUUUCAUUUCAAUCCAAGACACUUCUCAAUAUAACCUUUUCUCCAUUAUUAUUAAUUAUUAUUAUUAGUUCUCUCCGAAAUAUAAAGGGACUAUCUGAAACCUUCGACUUCUAUAGAUCGAAAAGGACCAACAACCUCCCAUAUAUCGAAAAGGAGUUUCGGAAAGAGAGAGAGAGAGACAAUGUCCAGCGCUGAUCUGGAAAGAGGAGGAGGGGCAAAGGCCAGAAGGACCAACAACAAUUACUAUGUCGAUAACUCGGAUCAGGAAUGGACUUCAUGGUUGAUCCCAAUGUUUGUGGCGGCCAAUGUUGCUGUCUUCGUGGUAGCUAUGUAUAUCAACGACUGCCCAAAGAACCAUCGGGGUUCUGAAGGGGCUUGCAUGGCCAGGUUUCUUGGCAGGUUCUCGUUCCAGCCUCUCAAGGAGAAUCCUCUCUUUGGGCCUUCUUCUUCUACAUUGGAUAAAUUAGGAGCUCUAGAGUGGUACAAGGUAGUCUACCAGCAUCAAGGAUGGAGACUUCUCAGUUGUAUCUGGUUGCAUGCAGGUGUUAUUCACCUGGUUGCAAACAUGUUGAGCUUGGUCUUUAUUGGGAUCCGCCUAGAACAGCAAUUUGGUUUCAUGCGAGUUGGUAUGCUCUAUCUGUUGUCUGGAUUCGGUGGGAGCAUACUAUCUGCCCUCUUUAUUCAAAACAAUAUAUCUGUUGGUGCAUCUGGUGCUUUGUUUGGCCUUCUUGGAGCAAUGUUGUCGGAGCUUAUAACUAAUUGGACGGUUUAUAGCAAGAAGGCUGCUGCUCUAUUCACCCUUAUUUUCAUCAUUGCCAUUAACUUGGCAGUUGGAAUUCUUCCUCAUGUCGAUAACUUUGCCCACAUUGGAGGAUUCUUAACAGGUUUUCUCCUUGGAUUUGUUUUUCUACCUCAACCUCAAUUUGGGUGGGCGGAAAGCCAGUAUCUUCCAGCUAAUUCCAGUGUCCGUUCCAAGUACAAGCCUUACCAAUAUGUUCUCGGGGUUCUUUCCCUGGUCUUACUUAUUGUUGGAUUUACUGUGGGAUUGGUGACGCUGUUUAAAGGAGAAAAUGGAAACAAUCACUGCAGCUGGUGCCAUUAUCUUAGUUGUGUGCCUACCUCCCAAUGGAGCUGUGGAAACCGAUGAAAGCUUGCUACGUCUCUAACUUCCUAUACCUUUCAUCUCCAAACUGCCAAUUUUUUUUUUCCGCCCCAACUAAUCUAUGGUAUAUAUUUUUUACUCUUUCAUUGGGUUACUUUCAUUCAUACACAGGCAUAUAUUUUCAUAGUUAUUGUUGACAUCGAGAAUGUAAUGUUGGGAACAGUAUAUAGGUAGUCUUUCCAUUGUAAACAUACUAUCGAGUCAUUAGACAGUGUUUUUCUAUU